UUUCGUAAGUCUACACUCGCCGAAGGGUCGCGUGUUCCGUGGCAGGAAGCGCGGUUUUCCCAAGGGGGGGCCGUGGGUGUCGUCACGUGACGCUAGCACUCUAUGCCGGAAGUGGGCCUCCCUUGGUCAGGGGCUGUUUCCGUUGCUGCUGCGGCUGCUCUUCGGAGAGACGAGAGAGAGAGAGACUUCUGGGGCGGCCGGCGCGGCUAGGCAGGGCAGGCGCGGGAUGUAGCUGCAGGGCUUGCCCGGCUUUGCAGCACUGGAAUGACAAGUUGGGAAGAGCUGUGAGCUAGUUUUCUAUGAAGUGCAACUCCUCUUCAGAACUCUAAAGUGAGGAGAAUUCGUCAGGGUGCUGGAGAGACCUGCUGGUAAUCCUCUGCUUUUGCGAAGGGGAAGGUCUGGGGUCUGUGCUGCUCAGAUGUCGUCCCGUAAAGCAUCAGUAGCCAGCCAAGGGAAUGGACCUUCAAGUAAUGGCAGAGAAAGGGAAGUUGUGGAGCUAGCUGAGCUGGGACCCCUCUUAGAAGAGAAAGGAGACCAGAGGACGACCAAUUCAGCCAAUGCUCAAGACCAGCCAUGCCCAGCAGCGCCAGAGGAGGAGGAAGAGGAGGUGCGGGUGCUGACCCUCCCUUUGCAGGCUCAUCAUGCGAUGGAGAAGAUGGAAGAAUUUGUAUAUAAGGUCUGGGAAGGUCGCUGGAGGGUCAUUCCCUAUGAUGUGCUGCCCGACUGGCUGAAAGAUAACGAUUACCUCCUCCACGGGCAUCGGCCCCCCAUGCCGUCGUUCAGAGCCUGCUUCAAGAGUAUUUUCCGCAUACAUACGGAGACCGGCAACAUCUGGACACACUUGCUAGGUUUCGUGCUGUUUCUGUGCCUGGGGAUUUUGACCAUGCUCAGGCCGAAUAUGUACUUUAUGGCCCCUCUUCAGGAGAAGGUGGUCUUUGGGAUGUUUUUCCUCGGAGCUGUGCUGUGUCUCAGCUUUUCCUGGCUUUUCCAUACCGUCUAUUGUCAUUCAGAAAAGGUGUCUCGGACGUUUUCCAAAUUGGAUUAUUCUGGGAUAGCUCUGCUGAUCAUGGGGAGCUUUGUCCCCUGGCUCUACUACUCUUUCUACUGUUCUCCACAGCCUCAGCUGAUCUACCUCUCCAUUGUAUGUGCGCUGGGGAUCUCAGCAAUCAUCGUGGCACAGUGGGACCGAUUUGCGACGCCCAAGCACAGGCAGACAAGGGCAGGGGUGUUCCUUGGACUGGGGCUGAGUGGUGUGGUGCCCACCAUGCAUUUCACCAUAGCAGAAGGGUUUGUAAAAGCCACCACCGUGGGCCAGAUGGGCUGGUUUUUCCUCAUGGCUGUGAUGUACAUCACGGGAGCCGGGCUCUAUGCCGCCCGAAUUCCUGAGCGCUUCUUUCCUGGGAAGUUUGAUAUCUGGUUCCAGUCGCACCAGAUCUUUCACGUGCUUGUGGUGGCUGCAGCCUUUGUCCACUUCUACGGAGUCUCCAACUUGCAGGAAUUCCGUUACGGACUUGAAGGAGGAUGUACUGAUGACUCACUUCUCUGAGGACCGCAGAAGACUUUAGUACACGCUUCCCCAAGUGCUUUUUUAAAAAAACUUCUUUGCUAAAAUCAAAAGAAGACUCUGAACGUCUUUUUUUUAAAAAAAAAACAAAAACCAGAAACUUAGAAAAGUUGGCAAUGGCUGUUCCUGGCUUUUUUUCCCCCUCAGGUGGGACGGAUGAGGGUGGGGUGGCUUGCCUUGCCAACUGUCUCCACUGGGCGGAAGUGUCUCUAGCCCUCAGCCCCUUUUUGGCAAACGAGUUGCCCUCACAGGAAUAACAUUGGGAUUUUCUGGACAUGAAAGAAAUUCUGGCACCUGGCACAAAACCCCCCCUACUCUGUGAUGCUGCAAACCUACCCCGUGCUUGAAGAGACUUUCCAAAUGCCUUGUUUCCCCUCUGUAUCUGCAGGAGACAUUGUAUUGGUAUGGCGGGGCAAUCGCAGCUCAUUUGCAGGGGUGCUUGGAGGGGGAGGCAUGGGGCCAUUCUCACUUAAAUUUUGUCUUUCUCGACAAAGUGAUGUAUGCCUAAAAUGAGAGUAUUUAAUAUUUAAUAUUGAGCUUUAAAGGGAGAGAAGAGGCACUAUCUAUUCCUCCAGCUUAUUGGAGAGCCGUUUGUAGUGUUGCUGGUGGGGGAGUUCUCAUUUAGGGGACUGCAGAGCCGCUGUGGCUUUUAUGUCAAGGUGUGACUGAAAUAAAAAGGUCUGAAGCUG